AUGUCCCAGGAAGCUAAAAUCCAGCGGCUCACGCCUUGCCUGCUCCCCGACGCCGGGGAGGGGAAUGCAGGGCUCGGUGUCCCCGGGGAGCGACGCUUCUCCCCACGUCGGGCCCUCGCUCCGGGGUCUGCAGCUCCAGCGAUGGGGGGUUGUGGGGGGGGUCUCCCAGCUGAGCACAGGUGUCCUGGGGAGACCAGGGUCCCCUCCGUCGCGAUCCAGAACCUCCUUGGCUCCAGUCCAAGCUCGUCCUUGUCCUUUUUUUUCCCCUUCUCCUUUCCUUACUUCCUCCCCCUCCUCCUCCUCUUUCUCCUCCCUCAGGGCUUUUCCGUGGCACAAGAGGAGUCCGGGGGCCACUUUCCUUCGGUUGCUGUUGGAAGGGGUGAGACGUUACCGGAGGUGACAGCCCGCCGGGGCGGGGGGACGGGGACACGCGUCCCGGGAGACUCAUCUGCUUGCGGGGGGGUGUCGGGCAGCCUCCUCCCACCUGGGGCCCAUCCCACCAUCAUUCUCCUCCCGGCUUGGUUCAAACCCCAACCCCGCCUCGGCCGACCAGGGGGGAAAACCCACCUUGGCCCCAAAUGUCCCCCCUUCCCCCGGGGAGGGGGGAAGCAGCACGGGCGGAGGCGGAGUGAGGUGGGGGGGGGCGCGUCCCCUCAGCUCGGGGGUACGCACAGGGAGGGGGAGUCCCGGCAUGCUCCCAUCUCCAUCCCCGGUACCCGCAUCCUCCAUCCCCCCUGCUCCCAUCCUUCAGCCCUGGUACCCGCAUCCUUCAGCCCUGGUACCCGCAUCCUCCGGGGCGCCGGGGAUGGAGGAUGUCGGUAUCCGCAGCUUCCAUCCCCGCUACCUGCAUCCUCCAUCCCUGCCGCUCUCAUCCUCCAUCCCCGGAGCCCGCAUCCUCCUUCCCCUCUCCCCGCAUCCUCCAUCCCCGGAGCCCGCGUCCUCCAUCCCCGCUCCCCGCAUCCCAACUGCCCGCAUCCCCCUCCGCUCCCUCCCUCCCUCCCUCUCCCCCUCUGCCCUCCCUCCCGGUGCCCCCGCACCCCCGCACCCCCGCGCAGUGCCCCCGGGACCGACCGGCGGCGGUGCGGGCUCAGGGCCGGCCGGUCCCCGGGCGCCGGGCGGGCGGAGCGGGGCGGGCGGCGCCCGGCGCCCCGGGCAGAGCCAUGGGGCGGGCGGAGCGGCGGUGGGCGCCCGGCCCCCGGCCCCGGCCGCAGCCUCCCCGCGGCUCCCGGUUCGCUCGCCCCGGCGGCUGCUGUGUCAGAGAAAGGGGCUGAGCCUCCGCCGGGCGGGGGGGGCUUAAAGGGACCGGGAGCCCCGUUGCACGGGGGGCGGCGCCGGGGGAAACUGAGGCAGCGCCGGGGGUCCCUUGCUGGGGAGGAAGGGAGUCGUGCCUCAGUUUCCCCGCUCUGUCCCCCCCGCUUCAAAUAACAGGCUCGUUAAGGCUGGUUCCUUCUGAAUGCAAAAUGUCCCUCCCCUGCCCCGUGGGUCGUAUUUGGGGCCAGUUUCUGCAGGAUCUGUAAAAACCCACCGGGGAUGCGGGAGCAUCAUCCCAGAAAAGAUCCCUGGAUGGGAGGAAAACAACGACUAUGGGUUUGUACGUGAAUGUGUGCGGGGGGAGGCGGGGGGCUGGUCUGGUCUAGGGAGGAACCCCAAGGAGGGGAGGGAUUUGCUCCAAAGCGGUGAUCCAGCCUGGGGAAAUCCAUCCAGUUCAGCAGCAGUGGGAGCAAGGAGAGAUUCCUGUCCUGGAGCUGAGCGGUGACGAUAGGUGGCAAUCCCAGGUCUGCCAGCGGCGAGGCGGCGGGUGCGCAUUUAUGUUAUUUAUUGCCUCCUACUGGGAAUGUUCAAAAGUGCUGAACACACUUUUUGGCGUGGACCCGAACUGACUCAUCCUUCAGCCUGUGAAGAGCUGAUGCUUUGGGGACUCUUCUGAUUCCCGCAGAACAUCCCGGUGGGAAUCCGGGGAUGGCAGGAGAACCAAGGUGUGUGGUGGAUGGUGGUGAGCAGUCCCUCACUGCACAGAUUUAUUGGAAUCAUUUUUUCCAGGGUAAUCAUAUGGGAAGUUUUCAGCAGGAAUCGCCUCCAAUAUUUUGCACCUGAAGCUCAGCCAGGGACAACACGGCCACCCGGGUCCCCCAUGGCCACCACACUCCCCCUGCUUCCUCCAAUAGCAGGUCAAUGCCAGCUCGAGCUCUGCCUCAUCCCAGAAAUCAGCAGGGAUACUGGGACAGCGAUCUGGGGAAAGAGUGGAGGUUGUAAAACUCAGAGAGAGAGGUGCUGCUUCUGGGAAGUCCAGUGGUGAUGUGGGACCAGGUGGGAAAAUACAUUGAAUGAUGUGGGGCAGAGGAGCAGCUGAACACGCUCCCAUGGGGGAUAAAAUGAGCAGCUGAGGUGUGGACUGAGGAGGAAACACGGCUCCGACCUGCUCUUCCCCUCUCCCAGCUGUGGUGGGCACCAGCAGCCCAGGGAGUUUUGGUCCCAGCCAGGUUGGUAAAAGAUGCUCAGAAAUAUCCAUGGUCAGCACUGGAGAGUGUGAGUACUGCCCAAAAACCUCCUGUCCGUGGUGGUGGAGCUAAAGCAGCCAAAUGUCCAGAGCCUCCAGUGUGGGGUCAGAGCCCCAAGCUGCGUCUCCUACAACCUGAAAUCCUCUGGAUGGUGUCUUGAGGAUGUGAAACAAAGGGAUGCAGUGAGGGAUGUCCCCCCCCACCAAGGGGAUGGAAAGACUCAGCCUCUACGAGACACCCGAGAAGCCAAGCCCACAGCACACCUCACCCUUCACUCCUGCUUUCCUUUGCUCUAAAGCCCUGGAUGGACAUUCCCAUGCUCCCCAUCCUGCCUUGAUCUUGCUGUGAAUGCCACCGUGCCUCCAGCUGCUGGUGGAUUCAUCAUUGGUGAAGGAAGAAUAGGAAGAAGGUGGAGUUUUCCUUUUAAAAUUUAUUUUCUGCUUCUAUGUGCUGCUUUGCAAAGCCUGGAUUCCCCCUCUGAAGAGCCUGGAGAAUGACACAGGAUGCUUCUUCCCACCUGUGCAUCACAGCCUGGAUUUGGGAGUCAUGGCCCACCCUGCUCUCAGCUCUCAUCGCCCUUGUGACUGAUCCAUGUUCUUCAUCUCCCUGCCAGAUCCAAUCCUGUCCCAUGCCACCUUCCUCAGGGUGUCCCAGAGGAUUUGGGGGGGAUCCCCAAAUGCUGCCCAGCCUUGGUACCCCGCUGGUGGAGGUUUCCCCAUGGGAAGGACACGGCUGGAGCGCGACAGGGAGAGAGGAGUGGCUUUAUUCCCACCGCCCUAAUCUCUCUCCCUCCCUCAUUCUCCAAUCUUUAUUUAUGCUUUUUGUCAGAUCUGAUUUACUGGGGAUUUUCCCGUUCCAACAGGAAAACUGCUGGGAGGGGAUUUCUCUGCAAGGCUUUCGGGCUCACAGGCAUUUUAUUUUGCAGGGUCGUGCCAGGCUGGUUCCUGCAGGGUGGCUCUUGGCUCAGCAAGGUUUAACGUGGGACCCCCAAGGUGGGGGGUCCCCUCUGGCCCCCCAGACCCCCGUGGUGGCCCUGGCCUGGAGCUGGUCCCCAUUGUCAUGCUGCUGGCAGGUGCCCUUUGCUGCUGAGCCGCUGAUGUAUCGCUUCCCUGCCGUGACUCACUGGCACAGAUCUAAUUUCUAAUUAAAUAGCGAUUCUUUUCAGAGCCAUUUAUUUCUGUUUCUUUUGUAUUUUGAUUGGAGUGUCAGUCAGUU